AUUGUGUGGCCAUUAUGAAAGUAGUUGUUGUUUUAGGUCUAGCCGCUCUGGCUAUUGCCUCUGUGUCUGCCAAGAGCACUGGCAUUCACCAGCAGGUUCACCCCAAGGAUCAGCCCAAGGAGAAGAUCAAUGGACGCAUUGUCAACGGGUAUCCAGCCUACGAAGGCAAGGCGCCCUAUGCUGUCGGUUUGGGUUUCGCUGAUGGCUGGUGGUGCGGUGGUUCUAUCAUUGCCAACGACUGGGUUGUGACUGCCGCCCAUUGCACGAACGGAGCUAGCGCUGUGACCAUCUACUAUGGUGCCACCUGGCGUACCGAAGCCGUUUUCACCCACUGGGUAGGCAGCGGUGACUUCAUCCAGAACUCGAACUGGCCCAAUGAAAAUGGCAAUGAUAUCGCCCUGAUCCGUACCCCUCAUGUCGACUUCUGGUCGAAUGUAAACAAGGUUGAGCUGCCCAGCUUCAACGAUCGUUAUAACAUGUACGAUGGCUGGUGGACCGUUGCCUGCGGCUGGGGUUUGACCACUGAAGGAUCUCUGCCCGAUUGGUUGCAGUGCGUCGAUCUACAGAUCAUCAGCAACUCUCAGUGCGCUCAGACCUACGGCAGCAUUCCUGAUGGCAUCCUCUGCGUCAACACUGAGGGCGGCAAGUCUACCUGCUCUGGUGACUCUGGUGGCCCAUUGGUUCUCCACGACGGCGGCAAACUGGCUGGCAUCACCUCUUUCGGUGCUGGUGAUGGUUGCGUUGCUGGUCUCCCAGCUGGCUUCACCCGUGUCACCCAUCAAUUGGAAUGGAUCCGCGACCACUCUGGCGUGGCUUACUACUAAAAUGCUCUCAUUUACCUCAAAUAUACUAAUCGUUUAAAGCAAA